AAAAGGUCCGAAAAUAGUAUAAGUUGUAGUGCAGUAUUCGGGAGCAUCUUGGUCUCAAACACCUUCCAACGUUGUGGAACUGCUGUCUAGCUAGAGGAACUGACAUUUCGUUGAAAUGCGCCUUCUCCUCGUCCAUUCGUUACUCUUUUCUUUUGGCCUUGCUCGGGCAGCUGUUACUGCCUAUGGUCCUCACGUCCAGUCACCACUUGGUACUACGACAGCUGCAUCUGCCUCAUAUACGGGCGCUGCUUCAUACGAUCAAACAAUAUUAAAUGCACCGCCUCUACCUAAUCCUCCUCCACCCACUCAGUUCAAUGUAGAGUUGCAGACGGGAGACGUCUCAGGACUUUCAAUUCAACAAGAAGGUUCAUUCUUUGGCUUCAGUAUAGAGUUCAGUGUUACGACGCAAGUCCUCGGGCUGAACAGUUCUUUCCUUCAAGUGCCGUUUCUCAACCUCAUGGCCAACCUACGACAACGCGGCGGCAGCGUUAAGAUUCGUGUUGGUGGUAAUACUCAAGAGACCGCUACCCUAGUGGAUAGCACCCCAGACGGUGCUGCUCUUGAGAAGGACUACGGAAAGUCAUCUAACCCCACGUCAACGCCGCCCCUUGUCUUCACAAGCGAGAUUAUCAAGAUGAUGGCCGAGAUAUCUUCGCUCACUGACGUAUAUUGGUACAUGGGUGUGCCGUUCAAUGAUACUCAGCAUUGGCGUUUGCAGAUCGCUGAAGUCGGACAGGCGAUGCUUGGAAAAUAUCUAAUCGGUCUACAGGCCGGCAAUGAGCCUGAUCUUUACUCAAGACACGGUCACCGGCCGGAUACUUAUAGUCCUCAGGAUUACAAGGACGAGUUCGGUCUUCUCAUCGACGCAGUGAACGCAGACUCUAAUAUUCCCAACAAAAAUCUGCUCAUUGGCCCCAACCUGGCUGGUGUGUGGAGCCCAUCAGACAUCUGGCAAACCGGGUUCGCCACAGAUUUCAACCAAAACCUCGCUGGAUUGGCUGUUGAAAGGUACCCCACUGAUAAUUGUUACGCUCUGUUCGGCAUAGGAACUCCUCGCUAUGGUCAAGAAGUAUUCCCGGACUUCCUGACACAUCAAUCGGGUAUCAACCUCGCCAACGAGUUCAGUGGUGCCCCCGCCUAUGCGCAAUCCGUUGGAAAGCCCUUUAUCAUGUCGGAAACGAAUACGGCGUCUUGCGGAGGUUUUCCCGGUUUAAGCGACAGCUUCGGGGCUGCCCUGUGGGGAAUUGACUAUGCUCUCCAGCUCGCAUACAGCAAUUUCUCAACUGUACUUUUCCAUGUUGGUGGACAGAGCGUAUAUUACAAUCCCUUUACACCACCUGUAAGAAACCAGUCAACAUUCCAUCAGUGGACUAUUGGUCCGGUAUAUUACUCGGCUCUAGUUGUCGCUGAAGCACUGGGCUCCUCUAAUACCGCACAGGUCCUGGAUCUGCAGGCAAAUGGUGGAAACGACUACACUCCGGGUUAUGCGAUUUACGAAAAUGGCCAACCAGUCCGUGUCGCGCUCACCAACUUCAUGACGGAUUCGUCUGGAAAUAGCGAUUAUACUGCGAGCAUUUCAAUCGGGGGGACAGUGCCUCCUCAAGUGAAAGUCAAGUACUUACUAGCUGAUUCUGUCUCUCAAAUAUACGAUUUCACGUGGGCCGGACAGACCUUCGGCGGCCCAUUCACAUCAGACGGGCGACUCAAUGGCACACUCGACGUACAGACUAUUCCCUGUGACCAGACUAACAACGUGUGUCAAGUCAAAGUACCUGCUCCUGGUUUCGCCCUUGUAUUCCUCACCGAUAACGCGUUGUACGAGUCCGACGCAAGCCCGACAAUGACCUUCUCAACCACUGCUUAUACGAAUCUCCAUGGAUCUGCCACCGUCACCAUUGACCCCUCCGUUCUGGCUACCUCGAACGGUGAGAAAGGAUUAGCCGACGCCCUGGCGGGCACGAGCAAAGGUCGACAGAUGAGUAGCGCUCUUGGAUUUGCGCACGCGCUGCCUAGCUUGGUCGCUGUCAUGGCCGGUGCUCUUGUGAUCGGACGUCUGGCCCUCGUGCGAUGAACGUGUGUACUUAUUUUCCAGAGUUUAGUGGGUCAGGAGCUUUCUUUCCCUUCCCUUUAUUCACCUGCACUCGCAUCGGACUUGAUUUACAUGCACAUAUAUCCCGGAAUUCAGCAUUGUCUCUCCUGUGUAGUAUGAUAUUCUUUCUUUGUCGGAUUCUUUGGAUUGCUAAGACCUGCGUGCAUUAUACCUUACACUAAUUCUACUCACUAUCUUUUUGUCAAUCACUUACCACUGAAUUCCCUGACUGCCCACAAAUUUAUUAUGUACAGGCUGAACUGGCUUCACGACGAAAAUCCACCGACAUUUGACACUUGACUUACCAGCGGUCGAAAGUUGCACCCUACUCAUGUUUUCUGGUGAGCCACCACCUCAGGGGUUUAGCGUUGAUUGCUAUGGCCUCUUCACGAGACUCCUUGUCAGCAGAACCCCCGACUUGUCGCGCCACCGUUUUACUGCUUUUUCG